AUGGUGGGGUUGCUUUUCCAGUUUCUCAGCUCAAGAACUAUCUCUAAUGCUACAGAUACUGAGAAGUCCAUGUCCAUCUUGGACACGUCUCCAUCUCCUGGAAGCAGUGGAGUGGACACCUCUUGGAAUGACAGCCCAUCAGACACUCAACACUUCCCUCAGUGCACACAGCUGGAGAGGAUCCCCUUGGCCUUGACUGAGGCACCCAGGCAGAAUGCAAGUGAUAUGGGACAACAGUUCAGUAUGUUGUUGCCAGAGCAUGGCGUGAGCUACUGCUCCCAAGUGAUUCACACUCCUUCCCAGAUGAUUUACUGUGAGGGGAUGUCUCCCUCCCAGCCAGGAAUGAUGAUUUUCAAGAGGUCCCAGAUGAUGGCCUUAGGAGAACCCAGUAUUCCAGGGAUGGCCAUGAACUUUUGUAAGAAUCUAAGGAUGCCCUCCAGUGGUCUGCCAGUCUCAGCUCCCAAUGGAAUCUCAAUGAUGUCCCACAUCAAUGCACCCACAAUUUCUUAUUCUGGCCCACCAACGGUACCUUCUAAUAGAGACUCUAUAACACCUAAAAUGGUAUUGGCCCCAACCAUGUCUUCUACUGAGGCUCAGGCAAUGCUCCCUUCUUUGGCUCAGAUGUCACCCCCUAGAGAUCCCCAUGAUUUUAGGAUGCGCCCAGCUGGGUCCCCAUCAUUGCAGGCUUUAAAAUCCCAGUACUCUCUCAUGAGCCAGCCAGCCUCCCCGGAAGACUCCUUCCUACCCAAGCAGCCCAUACAAGCUCCACAGCGAGCGGAGCGGAACUCCAGGGCCCAGGAAAGGGCUCCCAGGAGAUCCCCAGUUUCAAGGCCUUACUCCUGCCAAUAUGAGAACUGUGGAAAAGCCUAUACUAAGCGCUCCCACCUCGUGAGUCACCAACGCAAACACACAGGUGAGAGGCCUUAUAAAUGCAUGUGGGAAGGCUGUACAUGGUCUUUCUUCCGUUCCGAUGAGCUUGGACGACAUAUGAGGAUACACACCAGAUAUCGACCAUAUAGAUGUGAUCAGUGCAGCCGACAGUUCAUGAGAUCUGACCAUCUCAGGCAACACCAAAAGACUCAUCUGCGGGUGCCAGGAUCCCCAGACCCACAGACGAACAAUGAGAAAAUGGCUGGUCCUCCUGCUCUUGUUCUUUAG